AUGGGUAAAUCUAAAAAAAGUAGCUGCUGCGGAUGUUUAUCAGCUCUAUUUUCAUCACGUUCAAAAGUCGAUUCCAAAGAGUAAUUUCUAUAUAGCAAGCAACAAGAAGCAGCUUCUCAAACUGAGAGAGUCUACUCUUUAAAUAAAGUUGAGCCUGAAGACCACAUUAUAAUUACAGAAAGAAAGGUUCAGACUGACAUAAAUUUUUACAACCCAAAUAAACAAAGUUUCAAUAAUCUUCUGCCUGGGCAGCCUAUUCAUUACAAAACUACUAUUGUAACGUCUCAUUCGUACCCUCAAAAAUCGUCGUCAUUUAGACUAUCGAAUUUAAAUGCAGAGAACGAUUCUAUUCGAAAAUCAACUGAAAUCAACGCACAUACAAGCAGAGAUCCGAGGAACUACACAUCAGAGCAUUCUGAGCUUGGGGAUAGUAUUUAUACGCCUAUAGAUCAUAUACAAUAUAUAUUUAAUACAGAAUUACCAUGAUUUUAAGAUAAUAAUCCAGUUAAAACAUUAAAAAUUUUUUUAAAUUUAAAUUAUUAUGGAAUAUUCCUUAUGGGCUUAAAUUUACACUUAUUCCAAAUGAUGCUUCUACAAGCCGUCCACUAAGCCAAAGCAACGUCCCUGAUUUAUUUGAGAACUCUCGACUGAAGAAAAACACGUCAGGACUUCUCCCACAUUUAAUGCCAGUAACCCCUAUUCAUAAUAAGCGGUAUACUUCUCAUGCGAGCAUGGGGGAUUCUUCGUCAAUCGGAAAUAUUCUGGACGAACUCAAAAAAGAGCUCGAGCAAGAAGAUAAACUAAUGUGUAACAAUGAAAAUUAG